UUUUUGGAAGUUCAUAGUAUUUAAUAAAAAUGAUUAUUUGAGAAACAUCGUUAGUGUCAUCUGUUAGUGGAAGUCCAAAGGUAAAAGUAUAGACCAAAUGUUUUGCUUUAUUUUGCUUUGUAAUACUGUUCUGGUUGUUCAAAUUUUGUUGGUAAACUUUGCCCUACCAUCGCUGCGUACAGACCAUUCGUGGAUCACGCCCUCUUCGGCCUCCAGUCAGCUGCAAGUAGGAAAGGGAGCUACCUCGCGAAUAAAAUAACAUAGGCCGAGACAGUAUUUUUAAUACUGCCUUCAUUGAGCACGGUCAUUCAAGCCUAUAAGAUCCCUUUGUAUUUACCCACUCUACUAUACCCUCUCUCAUUAUAUCAAAAUAAAUUGCAUGUGUAAACUUCAGUCACAUAGACACGAAUGCCAUAUGAGUAAACUACUUAAAAUCUUCAUGUGGAGAUGAGAUCGAGCGAAGCAGGCAGGGAUUGAAGAAGGAAAACAAAAUCGUAUACACAUCCGUGAGACUUCUACUGUAGAUCCGCCUCUCUGUCUCUCUGUGAUACGAGAUCAGGAUUUGAACAAAAUGAAUUUGGCAGAACGGGGUUUGUUGCGAGAUGGAAGUUUAUUUAACAAAAACAGGAGUAAGAGAUCAGACCAAAUGCCAGCUGAUAAUGGAUGUUUGGAAAGAACGACGGAGAGGGUGUCGAUUCGAGCGUUUUCCUGCUUCGGUCGUCUUGUUUUGCCCAUCCUGGUCGUCACCAUCUUAGUCUAUUGUUGGCUAGCCGUGAAGGGUAUGUCCUAUGUGCAUCAUGUUUCAUUACGACAUACACAUACGACCUCAGUCCGGGAACGGGAAAACACUACCCUUUUAUGUACGCGUCAGGAAGAUUCUAAAGAAAUAAAUAUUUGUAUAUCUGAGAGUAAUGGGCAUGCAGCAAUUACAAACGAAAACAAUGCUGAUCAACACCAAAACGUAACGCCGUCAGAUCUAAAAGUAGCCAAUGGAAACGAAAAUGGUUCGUAUUUUACUAACCCGAUUGAUAAACAUGAUUACAAGUACAUUCAUAAUCCGGAAUCGUUAUGCAAGAAGAACACUAUUAAACCUCAACAAAACUUUCUUCUCACCAUGAUUACUACGGCACCUGAGAAUGUGGAACGGCGAAACAUCAUUCGCUCGAGUUACGGAAACGAAAAGGAUUGGGAAGCAUUUGCGAAUCACAACUUGACUGUCCUGACCGUCUUUUUACUGGGUAGGACGAAUAACGCGACACUGCAAAUGGACAUCGACAAGGAGUCUGAUCUUCACGACGACAUCGUCCAAGAGGACUUCGUGGAUUGUUAUGACAACCUGACGAUGAAGACAGUAAUGGGACUGAAGUGGGUGACCAAUCAUUGCCGUCAUGCAACCUUCGUCAUCAAAUUCGUUGACACCGCUGUAAUCAUCCAAACCAAGUUAUAUCAGCGGUGGUUAUAUACGGCUUUAAUCGAUGUCCCGAAGACAACAUGGGCGGCUGGACAAGUUCGUAUGGACGCAAAGGUAUUCCGCAACACCGAUGACAAGUUCUAUAUAUCCAAGGACUUCUACGCCUUCCCGACUUACCCUCCCUAUCUGGAUGGACAAGGGUACGUCUUAUCGACUGACCUGGUGGAAGCCAUCUACAAAGUAGCCAUCACCACACCCCUCUUUCCUUGUGAGGAUGUCUUCAUUGGGAUGUGUCUUCAGAAACUCCAUGUAGUGCCAACCAACAUCAAGAACUUCGUAUAAAAAACGCCCCAGGAGACUGGCCUGUUGAUUUCGCAAAGAAUGGGUGUUAGAUUCAACAGGUUAAAAUUUCUCUGUAAUAUCCAAUCUCGAGCCAGACCAAAUCACUAUGAUUUAGGAAAUAGUAGAAUGAAACUGAGAUUUUUGUGAAGUUGAAAAUGUUGAACCGACUAUACUUAAAUAUAUUCUAAUGGAAAACUAUAGGUAUACAAUUUUAAAUUGAUAACUUGCUGGUUUUAAGAAUGGAGGUUCCGCCUAUGUCAUAUAAUAUUUACAUGAUCAACCUGGAAUAAUAACUAAAGACAGAGAGAGGAUGAUAUUGAGUUUGUGUCACUGACAUUCUUAACAACAUGUAUAAAUAAAGUGAUAGAAAAUUAGAUUGAAAACUAUAUAAAGAUAUAAACCUCAUCUGGAAAGUAAAGAUUACAAACUCUGGACACAAGACGGCAAAAUUAUUGUCAAGAAACCGAACGGCGAAAAGGUGACUAUUGUCAGAGAAAAAGACUUAUCGAAACUAGGCAUAAAUUGUUGAAAAGCUGUGUUUCUUUGUCGAAAUCUUAUCUUAUUUUGAUUUAAUGCAUGUUCAUUUCGUUGUCUGUGAUUUUUGGCUAACAACGUUUAUUUUCGUUAUUUCAUUUUUGUUUCGUUUACUAUUCCAUGUGAAUUGUUUACAUGCCAAUUAAGUAUGCGUGUGUAUGUUGCAAGAAACCAGUGUUCCACUUUGUUCCACCUUUCAGUUAACUCAGCUUAUCCGAGAACCAACAAGAAUAACUCCUUUCAGCAGUACUUUAAUUGACGUUAUUUGUGUUUCUAGUUCAAUGCUAUCCAAUGUAAAGCAAUCUGGAACAAUUUCAAGUGGACUAAGUGACCACUCCCUAGUCUAUUUGAUCCUUGGGCAUAUACCCCAAAAGCUAAGCCCGAAAUCUUUUCAUUUAGAUCGUUUAGGCAUUUUGUCGUCGAAGAUUUUGUCGAAGACCUACGUAAAAUACAAUGGAAUGAUCUAUUGUCGUCCGAAGAGGACGUAGAGCAUUGCUGGGAGAAAUUCAGUGAAGCAUUCAAGGCAUUAGCUGAUAAACAUGCUCCCCAUGUUACAGUAUGAAAGAAACUGAAUGGGUCUCCCUGGAUUACAACUGAAUACCUGGGCCCCGUUCCUAGAAACCGUCAUAAGUCUAACUUCUUGACUAUCCCAUUGAAACGUGUGUUAUAGGAUUAACACGCGUUUCAAUGGGAUAGUCAAGAAGUUAGACUUGUGACGGCUUCUAGGAACGGGCCCCAGGCUCUAUCUAGGGAUCGUGACUAUUAUAAAAGAAAGUUUGACAAACUUAAAAAAAAAUCAGCAGAAGCAGGUCAGGAAAUCAAUGAACUUUGGAAUAAAUAUAAACAUCUCAGAAAUAAAUUAAAUAUAUUAAAUAAAAAGCUGAAAAGGGACUUUUUCCUCAACAAAUUUCAACAAUGUGCAAACAAAUUGCAAGAUUCGUGGAAAGUCCUGAAAAAAUUACUCCCGAAGAAAAAGGUUUCAGUUAAUUCGAAUAUUAACACAGGAACUCAUAUGACUUCAGAUAAGGUAGAAAUUGCAACGUCAUUCAAUGAAUUGUUUGUUAGUGUUGGAAAACGACAUUCUCCUCUUAACCAACAAAGUUUUAAUUCCUUUAAUACAUUAUCAAGGGUUGGAUCAACAUUUAAAUUCCAAAGCAUAGACUCGGAGUUUGUAAAAAGAGAACUUUGUUGGUCUGGAUGACUUACAUCCAAGAUUAUUGAAAAUCGCUGCCCCUUUUAUUGCUGAACCACUUUCAAUAGUCUUUAACAAAUCUCUAAGCUCAGGAUGCUUCCCAAGUGAUUUCAAAAGAACCAAGAUUAUUCCAGUACCAAAAAGUAGUGAAACAAGUGACAUUGGCAAUUAAAGGCCAAUUUCUUUAUUGUCCUGUCUGUCAAAGAUACUUGAAAAGGCAGUCCAUGCCCAGCUUUAUGAGUAUCUCCAAGAAUACAAACUGCUAUCUCAGCGCCAAUCGGGUUUUCGCCCAAAGCAUUCAACUGCGACUUGUCUAAUUGAAAUAACCGAUUACUUGUUAAACAAUAUUGACUGUGGUUUGAUAACAGGGGCGACUGAUUUCUUGAUCUCAAAAAGGCGUUUGAUGUUAUAUCUCACGAAAUAUUGUUAUUAAAAAUGCCAUAUUAUGGUAUUAAUUCUGUUGAAUUAGACUGGUUCUCUUCAUACCUAACGAAUAGGCAACAAUGCGUCUCAUUUCAAGGUGUCCAAAGCAAUUUUUCUACAGAUUUACUCUGGUGUGCCACAAGGGUCUAUUUUGGGCCCACUCAUUUUUUGCUUAUUUCUUAGUGAUAUGUACGUGUAACUUGAAAUUUAGUAAACAAACCAAAAUUGCUCUGUACGCUGAUGACGCGGCACUGUUUUGUAAAGGUAACAAUUUAAAAAGCAGUCAGAAGAAACUACACAAAUAUUAUGAUUUACUGCGUAAAUGGUUUGAAAUAAAUAAUAUGGAAAUAAAUGCAAAGAAAACUAAAGUGAUGGUCUUUGGAACGAAACAUAAAACUAAGAACCAAAUUUUGAAAAUCUGUCAUGGACGAGACUAUCUUGAGAAUGUUACCGAGAUCAAAUAUUUAGGCGUAACCCUUGACCAAAGUCUAAGUUGGACACCACACAUAUUGAAUGUGACUAAUAAGAUUAAUCGGGCUAUUGCAUGCACUAGAAGGAUUAAGAGUUAUUUGAAUCAAAGCCUACUGAAACAUCUUUAUUACUCCCUCAUUCUUCCACAUAUAGAUUAUUGUGCAGUUGUUUGGGGCAAGUGCAAAAAGAAAGAUUUACUCAAAUUGCAGAGGACGCAGAACAGAUAUGCAAGAUUAGUCCUUAAUGCAGACUAUCUAACCCCAAAAGACAAAAGGCGUAAAUAUUCAUAAUUGAAUGACACACGCCCUUAAGACUAAAACAACAACAACAACAUCCUCUUCAAUGGCAAAGUGUUGAAAAUAGAAUCAACUACCACUACUGCAUUUUCGUCUACAAAAUACUCAAUAAUCUAGCCCCUUAUUAUUUAGAACCUUUUGCUUGCAAACGUCCAGUUUACUAUAUGUUACUCGUCAUUCUACCUUAAAUCCCUUAUCUAUCCCGAAACCCAAGACUGAAUUUAAAAAACGAUCUUUUUCUUUCAUCGCUCCAAGCAUCUACAACAAUCUACCGACUCAUAUUCGCACGGCAACUUCACUCCAAAUGUUCAAAAACCAAAUUAAAUCACUCCCUCCUCUUUAAUGCAUGCACUGGUAUUAUAUCAUGACUUAUUACAUUUAGUUUUGUUUGUUUGUAGUUGUGUAGUCUGUAGUCGUUUUAUUUCUUACCUUUUACCCUUUUGAUUUUAUGUCUGUUCUUUAUGGCAUGUGUAUUGUAUAUGUAUUUUGUAUUGUAUCAAUAAUAUCUUAAAUGUUUAAUAUUUCAGGCCUUAUGUUCACUUUGAUCUAGUUUUUAAGUUGUUUUAGUUCUCUUAUGGUAUGUUGUGUAUAUAAUGUCUUUGUUUUCUACAAUGUAUUCUAUUUUUUGUAAAUCUUUGUAUGUACAGGGCUCUUUUGUAAAGCAGGCCUCUGGCACUGAAAAGACUACUCUGUUUUUAAAUAAAAUUGAAUCUAGGCCUAUAUAUAAAUGCAAUGCAAUAAUACCUCUUGCGUAUAACCAUUUCAUGCGUAAUGGCAUGUUAUAACGAUAAUGGUAUUUUUCUAUUAAAAUUGUUGAUAAUUAAAAAGGCUUUUGCUUAUGCACUAUA